CGCAGCGCGCAUGCGUUGUUGCUCCCUUUUCCCCCGACUUCCGGCACACCCGACGCCUGCGCAGUAGGUCAGCCGGGUGUGGGACGGUGGCGGAUCCGCGAGGCCCGGGUCUCCACAGCGAGCGCGGGUGGUCCUCAGGCCGGCGGCGCGGGUGAGCCUCGGCGGCCCGGCCGGGUCUGCGCGCGGCGGCCAUGUCCAUCUUCACGCCCACCAACCAGAUCCGCCUGACCAACGUGGCGGUGGUGCGCAUGAAGCGCGCGGGGAAGCGCUUCGAGAUCGCGUGCUACCGCAACAAAGUGGUCAGCUGGCGCAGCGGCGUCGAGAAGGACCUGGACGAGGUGCUGCAGACGCACUCCGUGUUCGUGAACGUGUCCAAGGGGCAGGUGGCCAGGAAGGAGGACCUGCUGAGCGCGUUCGGGACGGACGACCAGACCGAGGUCUGCAAGCAGAUUUUGAGUAAAGGGGAGGUCCAGGUGUCAGAUAAAGAGCGGCAGAUGCAGCUGGAGCAGAUGUUCAGGGACAUCGCAACCAUUGUCGCCGACAAGUGUGUGAACCCUGAGACGAAGAGACCGUACACGGCCAUCCUGAUUGAGAGAGCCAUGAAGGACAUCCACUACUCGGUCAAAGCCAAUAAGAGUACAAAACAGCAGGCUUUGGAGGUGAUAAAGCAGUUAAAGGAGAAAAUGCAGAUCGAACGCGCCCACAUGAGGCUCCGGUUCCUUCUCCCAGUGAACGAAGGGAAGAAGCUGAAAGAAAAGCUCAAGCCCCUGAUCAAGGUCGUAGAGAGCGAGGACUACGGCCAGCAGUUAGAGAUUGUGUGUCUGGUUGACCCGGGCUGCUUCAGGGAAAUCGACGAGCUGAUAAAAAAGGAGACGAAGGGCAGAGGCUCCUUGGAAGUGCUCAGCCUGAAAGACGUGGAGGAAGGAGAGGAGAAGCUGGAGUGACGCCCGACAGGCUCCGCAGCCCAACGCUACAGCGCGCUCUCCCCUCAGCCCCUCCUCUCUGGUCCGCCAGACUCGUGCUCAGACUCUGACGUGGUCCGUCCUUGUGCUCACGUGUACACAGACACACCCUUCUGAUAGGUAGUACGCUGCGGGGCUCACUCAGUUUUAGUCAUAAGGUGGGGUUUCGGGCAAAAAUGAAAAAUCCAAGAUGGUGAGGGCAGAGGAGCGUUUUGCUGCUGUCUCGUGCCCCGGACUUUCCGGCCUGCAGGUGAUCCGGGGCAAGUCCAUGGGGAGACAGACUUUGUACGUUAUAACAGGAGACAUCUAGGAGGAUAUGACAAAAAGGAAGUGUUUGUUGAAGAAAACAUAAUGUCCUAUUCUGACUUAAUGAGACGUGUGGCCUAAUCCAUAGCUUGGACGAUGACCCUGAGUAUCCGGAAGUAGCUCUGGGGUGACCCAGGACUGACGCGGUUCUCACCGACCGUGCGGUCAUAACCUUCAUGAUUCCCAGCAAAGAAUAACAUAGUAUCAUCGGUUUCUGACCCUUAAAGUUUAUAAUGUAUGUUAACAGAGUGGAAUUAUACGUAAUCAAUAAAAGCACUCUUUAUUUUUUAUUGAA